AGAACCGUACCCCCAGGGUGGAGAGGGAGCUGUGUGUGUGUGUGUGUGUGUGUGUGUGUGUUGGGAGGAGGGUGUCAGAAGAACCGUACCCCCAGGGUGGAGAGGGAGCUGGCCCAGCUGCACCAUCGGUAGGGCAAGCAAAGAUUGGUGGUGGUGGUGGGGUCUACUGUGGCCAGCAAAGGCUGCAAUCGGGCUCUUUCCUUUCUGCAUGGUUGGUUCUGGGGUCUACCUGAGGCCCAGAGGCCCCAGCGCGCUCCCGCUUCCGCAUGGCCUCCUCCCGCAGAACCCGCACACUGCGGCGGGACCUCGGCUCCCCUUUUCCCCUCCCCGGCGCACGGGGAGCGCGGGUGCCGGGAAAAGCGGGCCUCAGAGGGCGGCGCACGCCAUGCGGGACCCGCAGCUCCCCGCCUCGGCCUCGCGCCUGCCGCCCCCGCGGCACGGCCAGCAGCAGCAGCAGCAGCAGCAGCAGCCCCAGUGAGGAGGAAGAGGCGGAGGAGGAGGCGCCGCCCCCUUGGCGAGCUCGGCGCCCCGGCGGCCUUGGCAGGACCCAUGGCGGAUCUCUCGCCUGCGCCGGCCCCGCGGGAAGGCGGCCUCCGUGCGCACCGGGCCUCGGCUCCCUCCCCGCCGCCGCGUUCUCGCUCCGGCUCGGAGCCCGAGGAGGCCGAGCUGUCGCUGAGCCUGGCCCGUACCAAGACCCGCUCGUACGGCAGCACGGCCAGCGUGCGGGCGCCGCUGGGCGCCGGCGUCAUCGAGCGCCAUGUGGAGCACCGGGUCCGCGCCGGAGACACGCUGCAGGGCAUCGCGCUCAAGUACGGAGUCACGGGAUGAAGAAAGCCCCUAUGCUGCUUCUCUCUAUCAUAGUUAGUGACUGGUGGACCUCGCUCUAACCCACAUCACAAAAUGGCUGGACCCUAAAGAAUCCACCGGCUGGGGGUUCAGAAGCAAUGCUGAUUCUGGACUCCCAUAGCGCGCACCUUCGAGCCAUGGUUAGGUAGAGCCACCGCAGCUGCACUGAAGUGAUCAGUCCCUCUGGCUUCCUGUAGUUAAGUCUUCUUAUGGCAUGGUAGCAAAACUGUAUGCUAAAGCCUAUCACUUUUGUAGACAGUGGUAGUUUCAGACUGGCUUUUGUAGCUACAAAAAGCAUCCAAGACUAUUUAUUUAUUUAAGCCAAAAGCAAUGUUUAUUUCCCAGUGAGAUCCCAAGUGUAUGAAAAAACAUGGUGGCUGUAAAGUGAUAAUGCCUUUGCUGUGUGUUUAUAACUCAAGUGCUAUAAUAUAUAUUUCAAUAUCGGAUAUUCUGUACUACUGUCAAGAACCAAAUUUUGUCUGCUAUUUUGUAAAAGUAAAAUACAGAUGUCUGGAUGAGAGAAUAAACUAUGUUUUCACAUAGAA